CUCUCUUCAGCGGCAGAGGGAAACCAGCAUGUCAUCGUGUCGUCAAAUGACUUCUCUACGUGCUUCCGUUAUUUUUCUGCGUCUGGAGACUUUUUAACUAUGCAAACUUGUAAGAAGCUGUUGAGAAGAAGUACACAUCUACUUAAUCCUUUUCCAAGUCCAAGGAAUUAAACACAGUCACGGAUUUAACAUGAGCAUCAUAUCUGGGAGAUGUGUCUUCUACUGUGUCUUUUUUUAUAUUGUGAUCAUAUUUUUGGACAUAAGGACAGAUGCAACGCUGGAAGGUUCCUCUAUGGGUUACCUGAGUCAGGAGCCUGUGGAGUUGCCACGGCGCGUUAAUGUUUCUGAUGUCAAGGGAUCUGAUGAAGGCCAUGCAGUUAUCUCUCGACGGAAACGGAACAUCCUUUUCCCGAGUGGAGUCAAACUCUGUGGACAAGAGACCGCCCAGCAAGUCGUUUCAAGCCACCUGAGCUACUUUCAUCUCAGAGUGUGCCAGGAGACCAUAUGGGAGGCUUUCAAGAUCUUUUGGGACCGCCUCCCAGAGCAAGACGAGUACCAAAGCUGGAUGAGCCAAUGCCAGGAGGGCACAGUUACGACACAAGAUGUGGGCAGCUACUUUAGCCAAUCAGAGGAGCAUCAUGCUCUGGUUCAAAAGAGAAUGUUACUGCCAGGUUUGAAAAGUGAAACAACCAGGUCCUGGCAACAUAUGUGCAGCACUCCGACACAACGAGCACCGGAAGCUGUUGAAGCUGUUGAAGCUGUUGAAGCUCCUGAGCUAGAAGACAAAGAUAAAGGGGAGAAGGUGCAGGAAGCAGCCGCCAUUGUCCCAGAGGCGGUGGAGAGUCCAAUGGACAAUGACAUUGCCGUGCAGCCUCCCAGCCCCGCUGGGCUGGAGCAGGUGGUGGAGCUAAGCGUCCUCCUGACCGGAGAGACGUACAGUGACGACCUCGGCGAUCCAGCCAGCUUCCAGCGCCAAACUCUCAGCAGACAGUUUGCUGAAAAGAUAGAGGACGCUCUGGAGGGGCUUCCUGGAUUUAAGAGUAUGUCUGUGCUGGACUUCAGGCCCCAGAAGGACACUGAAGGGCUGGACGGCGUGGUGGUGGUCUACACUGUCACAGUGAUGGUGGAUGGAGCAGGAGUGAGCACUGACCAACUGGACUACCUGACCUUGCAGUCGAACCGGGUGGAGAACUCGUACCGUGAGGUCAUGGCGCUCCCCACGGUGGUCUACACCAUCAGCGAGGUCAAAAACCUAAACACUGAAGCCCUGCAUGACGACGAGCUGGAGAGCGUGUCUGAGGUCCCCGAGUCUGUCAACGCUGCAGACGGAGCCACGAUUGAUGCUGUUGAUGAGCCACCAGCGGUCACGAUCCUUAAAGAGGACUCAGAGGUUGUCAACGAAGACUACGUCCUGCCUAACCCCUCUGAAACCAACACAGUGGCCAACACAGAAAAUGACGUCAUUGUCCUGGAGGAGAGUGCAGUUGUGUCUCCUGCUCCUGGCCUGACCAUUAGUGCACCUGAAGCUGGCAGCAUUGAGGAGGAAGGUCUGUUGCCCUGGGACACUGUGCGGACUACUGCUGUAGAAACCCUUCCACCAGAGGAGCACCCAGCGGAGCUUCCCUUCCCUGAGCUGCCAGAGGGCGUCACACUGCCUGAACCACCAGUGGCCAUUGAGGCCUCUGGUUCGGGCACAGAUGACCUGGAGGACCUGCUCCACCCAUCCACGCCGACAGAGGAAGGAGCAGUGUCUCUUGAGGAGACUGGCUCAGAAGAUGGGCUGAUAACAGAAGAUAUAGCCAUAAAUACAGAUGCCAUCUCUGAAGCUGAAACAGAGGAUGUUGAGGUUGCGGCAGUGGGAGAAGAGCUUACUGUUGCAGCUUUGGAAGAGGAGCAUCUGGAUGACAUUGUUGUGAAUGAGGCAAAGAUUCCAGAGGAGCUUGAGAUCUCUACAAUCGCAGCUGAGACCGCAGAAGAAGGCCUGCCUGUCCUGGUCCCCCCUCUUGAGGCUGUAGAUGAAGCGAGUGACGCACCAGAGCCGGAGGCAGCAGAAACAGAAGAGUCCAACCUCACAGAUGUAAAUCCUGCAGAAGGCGCAGACAUCAAUAUGGUGUCGACCUAUCCUGAGGAACCUGUAUUUGAAGAGGGUGGCAUGGAGGAAGCAACAGAGAGGGAGGAACAGGAGGUGAAGGAAGAGACUGCACCUGAAGCUCCGCCUGCAGAGGAAGAAGGCCCAGCAGCUCCAGAGAUGUCCACAGAGGAUCUUACAGAGGAUGAAAUUUUACUGGUUAACAAAGAUGAACUCGAGCCACCAGUGACAGAUUAUCUGAGCCCUGCCGAACCGACUGCCCUGUCUCCAGAGAGGGAGUUGCCUUUUACCCGUAUCUCUGAAGUGGACCCUCCCUCUGAAGGGCAACCUGACGUCGUUAUCCCUUCACUGGGGGAGAUCCAGACCACUAACCAAGGCCUGGACGACGGCACCGUUGGAGAGCAAGACUACGAUGUGAUCCAUUAUGGUUACGAUUUGAAUAACCACACAGAGGAGGGCAGCACUGGCUUUCCGUUUGGUGUGGCACGCGGCACAGACCAAGUCAGUAUCGCCAUGCCUGUGAACCCUGGACGAGCACUGAUGGUGUUCUUCAGCCUGCGGGUGACCAACAUGAUCUUUUCAGAUGAUCUCUUUAACAAGAGCUCCCCAGAAUACAAAGCUUUGGAGCAACGCUUCAUUGAGCUGCUUGUGCCCUACCUGCAGUCCAACCUGAGUAACUUUGAGAACCUGGAGAUCCUGAACUUCAGGAAUGGGAGCAUUGUGGUCAACAGCCGGAUGAAAUUUGGCAAACCUGUGCCACAAAGUGUCACCACCACAGUCUAUCUGAUCCUGGAGGACUUCUGUAAUACAGCCUACCAGACCAUGAACCUGGCCAUCGAUAAGUACUCACUGGACGUCGAGUCAGUCCUCUUUGAGCCACAUGUGGGAGCCUGA